AUGACCUACCACAGAGUAAAACACAUCCAUCCAUCCUCACAAACUUUUGCAUUUAUAAUAUUCAGGAUAAAAGAUAAGUUAUUAAAAGCUGUUGAUGAAAGUAAAAAACUGGUCAUGAAGUCGUUUGAAGAGAAGGAAUCUAAACUGCGUCCUAACUGGUACAAUAGCCUGGAUUUGCCUAAUUGGCAGAAGGAUCAUCCGGCUAUGUCUUGGGAUUUUCCUAAAGAUCCACUGCCUAUUAUUUUAUCUCUAUCUGGUAUUCCUGUCUCAUCCCAAGAGAAUAUAAUCAUAGAUGAGUUAUUAUACCUUUUUUCUGGAAUCUCCGGUAACUACAUUGUUCACCAACCAGUGAAAGAUACUUAUGAUCCUCGAACUUUUAUAAUUUCUGAUGACUUGGAUGAUGCUCUCAAACAAAUUGUACAACAGAUGUUACCGUUAGCAUCAAACUAUUCCAUUGUAAGGAGAUUUAUAGAACACUGUAAUAUGUGGUCUGGACAAGUUCUGCAUGCACUGGUUGCUGCUAUUGAAAUUUUAUUAAAGGAUUACUAUACAAUGAUAGCCCAACUCGAGACUGAGCACAUGUCAACAAAUUUAACAUUACAAAAACUCUGGUAUUUUGUAUUGCCGACUAUGCACACUAUGCAAAUUUUAGCUGCUAUUGUGACUAGCAUUGGAAAGAGUGAACUAAGAGGUGGGGCGGUGUUAACGGUACUUCAUGAGAAAACAAACACUUUAAUGGGCGAUGCACGGGCGCAGGAAAUAUCUCUAUUCCUUACUGAGCGGUCUUGUCGGCCGUAUCUUUGCAUUUUAGAUCAAUGGAUACAUAAAGGAACUAUUGUUGAUCCUUUCCAGGAAUUCAUGAUAGAGGAUAACGAAUUAAUAAAUAAGGAAGAGUUGCCAGUGGAUUAUUCUGCCGACUACUGGGAGAAACGAUAUAGUGUGCAAAGAGACAGAGUGCCAAAAUUCCUAGACAAGUUUACUGAUAUAAUUCUUCGAACUGGGAAAUAUUUGAAUGUUAUUAGUCAAUGUGGUAAAGCAAUAACAAAAUCAAAUACUGAAGAAAUAAAAUAUUCGUUAAGAGAACAAAAUUAUGGUGCUAUAAUUCAAAAAGCAUAUGCCUUUGCCAGCAAGUCAUUGUUAGAAUUAUUAUUAAAAGAGUAUGAUCUGAUGGGUAGACUGAAGUCUGUAAAGAAUUAUUUCUUGAUGAGUCAAGGAGACUUUAUUGUACAAUUUAUGGAUGCCACUGAACAAGAGCUGUCAAAGAAAAUUGAUGAUAUAAUACCGUCAAAGUUGGAAUCUCUAUUAGGAUUAUGUUUAAGGCUAUCAGCAGCAAGUCAUGAUCCCUACAAUGAAGAUAUGAGGGUUGAAUUGCUUCCUUAUGACCUACAAUUCCAAAUGUUUAAGAUAUUGUCAAUUGAAACUGAGGAGGAAAAAGAAUACAAACAAAAUAAAGAUUGCCCACCGUUGACUGGGAUUGAAACAUUUUCAUUUGGCAUGGAAGUUAAAUGGCCAGUAUCGUUAAUAUUGAAUCAUAAAGCUAUUGCUUGCUAUCAGAUGAUUUUCAGACACCUCUUCUACUGUAAACAUGUGGAAAGAUUACUUUGUAGGGUGUGGCUGUACAACAAGGUGGUGAAACGAUUCUCGGAGGCGCGGCUGUACGCGGACGCGUUCGCGCUGCGCCAGCGUAUGCUGAGCUGCGUGCAGCACCUGCAGUACUACAUGUGCGUCGAGGUCAUCGAGCCGUCCUGGUGCCAGCUCAUACAGAGCCUCGACAAGGAUCCGUUCAGCUGCGUGCUGCACCUGCAGUACUACAUGUGCGUCGAGGUCAUCGAGCCGUCCUGGUGCCAGCUCAUACAGAGCCUCGACAAGGUCAGUGCGCCCUUCGGGAUCCGUUCAGCUGCGUGCAGCACCUGCAGUACUACAUGUGCGUCGAGGUCAUCGAGCCGUCCUGGUGCCAGCUCAUACAGAGCCUCGACAAGGUCAGUGCGCCCUUUAGGAUCCGUUCAGCUGCGUGUUGCACCUGCAGUACUACAUGUGCGUCGAGGUCAUCGAGCCGUCCUGGUGCCAGCUCAUACAGAGCCUCGACAAGGUCAGUGCGCCCUUCGGGAUCCGUUCAGCUGCGUGCAGCACCUGCAGUACUACAUGUGCGUCGAGGUCAUCGAGCCGUCCUGGUGCCAGCUCAUACAGAGCCUCGACAAGGUCAGUGCGCCCUUCGGGAUCCGUUCAGCUGCGUGCAGCACCUUCAGUACUACAUGUGCGUCGAGGUCAUCGAGCCGUCCUGGUGCCAGCUCAUACAGAGCCUCGACAAGGUCAGUGCGCCCUUCGGGAUCUGUUCAGCUGCGUGCAGCACCUGCAGUACUACAUGUGCGUCGAGGUCAUCGAGCCGUCCUGGUGCCAGCUCAUACAGAGCCUCGACAAGGUCAGUGCGCCCUUUAG